AGAGGAGGAAAAAAGCAAAGUGAUCCAUUGAACCAGAGUCUUUGCCCUCUCCUAAUUACGUUGAGUCCCAUAUCUUUUCCCUUUUUUCACCUUUUUAUCCGUUCUUUAAGACAUCGGGCUUGUGGUAAUUAGUUAGAAGAGAGUAAAACCAGCUGAUCGGGAGAGGGGUGGUGCAUUUUGGAGCGAGAUGGCUAACAGAAACAUUCUGUUGCUCUUCUGUGGACUCUUCCUCUUAGCACUGUUUCAGCCCUCUCUUCAAGGAGGUGUGUAUGUACCACCUGGUGCUGGGAUUGGACCAGGAACUGGAUUCUAUCCAGGAGCUGCUGGAGGAGUCCCUGCAGGCUAUAAACCAGCAAAAGCUGCAGUCGGAGGUUAUGGAGGUGGAGGACGCGGUGUGGGCCCAGGUGGUUUGGUGCCAGGAGGCGUUGGUUCUGGUGGCGUGGGCAUUGGAGGACUGGGAGGAGGUGGAAAGGCCCCUAAACCAGGUUAUGGCAAUCUAGGUGUCGGUGGUUUUGGAGGUGGUGGCCUGGGAGUGGGAGGAGGUGGUUAUGGUGGAGGCACUGGAGGCUUUUUCCCAGGAGUUGGACAGAAGGCUGCCAAAAGAGGUGCCGGAGGCCCUCUGCUACCACAUGGAGGAACUGGAGGAACUGUGCUUGGGACAGGAGGAGGUCCAGGAGGCACAGGAACUGGAGCUGCAUUGCCCGCUGGAGCACCUGUUAUUCCUCAGACAGGACUUCCAGGAGGGGCUGGUGGUGCUGCUGGAAAGAAAGCUGCCAAAGUGCCAGGUGUGGGCGUGCCUGGACUUUAUCAAGGUGGGCUGGUUCCAGGAAAAGGAUUUGGUGGACGUGGAGUUCUGCCUGGGGUGGCCACUGGUACUGACCUGAGUCCCAAAUCAAUUGGAGGGGGAGGACAAGGAGGUCAAGGACCAGGAGGCCGUGGGUAUGGUGGACCGAUGCAGCCAGGAGUUUUCCAUGGGUACCCCCUCAAAUCACCCAAAGUGCAAGGUGGCUAUGGAGCAAAACCUGGAGGUGGCAAACUACCCUUUGGUUACGGUGGUUUUGGUACUGGUGGCACUGGACUUCCAGGAGGACAAGUCGGCCCUGGGUCAAAGCCUGGUUAUCCUGUUGGAACUGGAGUAGGACCUGGGGCUAUCUCACCCGCUCAGGCUAAAGCUGCCAAAUAUGGUUACGGUGGUGUUGGAGGUGUUGGAGGUGUUGGUGGUGUUGGUGGUGUUGGUGGUGUCGGUGGUGUUGGUGGUGUUGGUGGUGUUGGAGGUGUUGGUGGCACUGGUGGACUGUUUCCAGGACAGGUUCCAGGAGCAGGAUAUGGAGCUGGGGCCAAGGCUGCUAAAUAUGGAGGAGUGCCAGGGGGUGUCCCAGGGGGUGUCCCAGGAGGGGUACCAGGAGGGGUACCAGGAGGGGUACCAGGAGGAGUACCUGGAGGGGUACCAGGAGGAGUACCAGGAGGAGUACCUGGAGGGGUACCAGGAGGAGUACCUGGAGGGGUACCAGUGUUCGGUGGAUAUUCACCAGCAGCUAAAGCUGCUAAAUAUGGACUAGGAGGGACUGGAGGACAAGUAGGAACAGCGGGACAAGCAGGACCUGGAGUAUACAGAGGACUGGGAGGAGGUGGUGGAGGUGGUGGAUAUUCUGCUGCUGCCAAAGCUGCUAAAUAUGGAGUAGGGGGACUGGCAGGCACAGGAGGACUUGGGGGAACAGGACUGGCAGGCACAGGAGGACUGGGGGGAACAGGACUGGCAGGCACAGGAGGACUGGGUGGCACAGGGGGAUACUCUGCUGCUGCCAAAGCUGCUAAAUAUGGAGCAGGGGGACUUGGAGGAGCAGGGGGACUUGGAGGAACAGGAGGACUUGGAGGAACAGGACUUGGAGGCCUGGGAGGCACAGGACUGGGUGGAACAGGAGGACUAGGAGCUGCUGCUGCUGCUAAAGCUGCGAAAUAUGGUCCGGGUGGUGCAGGGGUCGUUCCAAGUGGAGGAGGAAUUCCCGGCCGAGUCCCAUUUUUACCAGGAUAUGGAUCUUUAGCAGCUGGUGCUAAACCUCCUAAAUAUGGAGUCCCAGGAGCAGGCCUAGGAGGAGCCGGAGUUCCAGGGGGAGCAGGACAGGUUCUUCCAGGUGUUGGCUAUGGUGGUUAUGGAGUUGGUGCAGGAGUUAAACCUCCAAAGUAUGGUGUUUCAGGAGGACCUGGAGCAGGGUUAGGACCAGGAGUACUGGGAGGGACUGGAGGAGUUCCUGGCCUAGUACCAGGACAAGGAGGUGGACAAUACUCUGCUGCUGCCAAAGCUGCUAAAUAUGGAGUUCCGGGAGGAGUUGGAACUGGGUUGGGAAUAGGAGGACUGGGAGGGACAGCAGGAGCAGGAGGAGUGCCUGGUGGAGGACUAGGAGGUGGACAAUACUCCGCUGCUGCAAAAGCUGCUAAAUACGGUGUUGCAGGAGGAGCUGGAGCAGGGUUAGGAACUGGAGGACUGGGAGGGACAGCAGGAGCAGGAGGAGUACCUGGUGCAGGACUAGGAGGUGGACAAUACUCUGCUGCUGCAAAAGCUGCUAAAUACGGUGUUGCAGGAGGAGUUGGAACAGGGUUAGGAACUGGAGGACUGGGAGGGACAGUAGGAGCAGGAGGAGUACCUGGUGGAGGACUAGGAGUACAUGGAGGUGUUGGGGCACAAGGAUAUCCAGGCGGUGUGAAACCACCAAAAUAUGGUGUCACUGGAGUAGGACUCGCUGUGCCAGGAGCUACUCCAGGUACAGGUGUCAGUGGUGUUCCAGAUGGUUCUGCUGUUGUGAUACCAGGUGGUACUGGUGUUCCUGGAAAACCAGCAAAGGAUGUAGUUCCUGCUGGAACUCCUGAACCAGGGCCCACGCCUAUUGCCGAAAUUGGCAAGGCCCCAGAGGUCCCACAGCCCAGCGUUUCUGGUGGAAUUAUUCAGCCUAGCGCUGGAACAGGUGUUGGGGGAACAGGUGUUGCAGCACCCUCUGGUGUUGGAACUGCUGGACAACAACCUGGAGGUGUUGGCGUUGGCACAGGCGCCAAAGCACCUAAACCACUCAUACCAGGUACUGGAGUAGGUGUUGGUCCGGGCGCUGGUGGAUAUCCCUAUGGUGGAACCUUUGGAGUUCCUUACGGUAUUGGUCCCGGCGCUGGAGCUGCGACGCUGCCUGGAGCAAAGCCUUUGAAACCUCCGGUGGGUGGUGCAGGAGGUGGAGUAGGAAUCCCACUGGCAGCAGGAGGUUAUCAAGGGGGAUACAGGCCAUAUCAUCAUGGUUAUGGCCAGGGUGGGUUGACGUAUCCCUCUGCAGCUGGACAGGGAGGCGCUGGUGUUGGUGGCGCUAAACCACCCAAACCAGGCUAUGGCAGUCUUGGAGUUGGUGGAGGAUAUCAGCCAGGUGGGGUCCCUGUGGUACCUGGUUAUGGAGGAGGUUACCCCCAACAGUACUACCAAGGUGGAUAUGUACCCGCCCCACUGACUCCUCAACAAGCCAAAGCAGCCAAGUACGGUCCAUUGCAGGGUUUCCUUGGCGGUGCAGGAGGCGGAGGGGUCUACAGAGGUGGCGUCGCAGGCUGCCAGGGCAAAUACUGUGGGAGGAGGAAGUAGAGGAUCUCUUGGGAUCCGGGGUGACCUCAAGAAACCAUGGUGCUACUGCAUGAUCUAGAAUGUACAUUUUAUAUGCAAACAAACCCCAUUACAAAUUGUGUAAAGAUGUUUUUUUUUUUUACUUACUUGACUUCAACGUCUGUUUUUAUACAAACCCACCGACCCAGAAUUUUGUACACAUUCUGAUGUGACGUAUGUUAUUGAUAGUGCCUUUAAUCAUGAAUGUGAUCAAGUUAAUCAGCUUUAACUCCCUGUACUGCAUCAGCGUACUUACAAUACAAAGAGUGUGUUUGUGUCACCAUGUGUUGUUCCUGUGUAUGAAUGCGUGUGUGUGUGUGUGUGUUUUAUGUGUGUGUGCAUACGGUUGUACUGUUGUGCGAAAGACUGUCUAAACCAUCAGCUGCCAGCGUGACCUAUGAAUGAUUUCCCUUUCGGUUUCAGUCCUAAUGCAAGGCGCCUAAUGCCUUAGUGUUACAGCCCAAGCUGUCUCACCUCGCUGUACACAGCUCACCACCUCUCUGACAUGACACAAGGGUUGAGUUGGUCCAGGCUCGUCCCAAAACUGAUGAAAUCUGGCCAAUCUCAGCAUCGUCUCUGGCUCCCUGUCUUCUCCGCUGCUAUUUUUAGAUCCGCUGGGUAUAAAGCAGCGGGAAUUGGGGCUCCGGCCAACCCAUCUGCUCUCUGUAACUUUGCUGAUUCUAGUUGCUAUGCAGUUCAGUUUUCUCAGCAUUUUUAGUGUUGCCGAACUUGUGAUGUAUGAAGAGCAUUUUCUGCUCUGAGGAACGGUAUGCUGAAGACAAUCAAAAAGUCAAUCGUUGCCAUGUUUUAAAACCAUGGGAAAGCUGUGUUGCCUUUUAGUUCCAAGCAGAUUAAAAUGUGUUUCAGAUGCUACUCUGGCAUAUACAUGGUGUAUGUAUGAAUGUUUGAUCAUGUGUCACUGUGCGCUUUAGUCUGCGUCGAAUGUUUAGUCUCAUUGCAGCAGUUAUUUACUUUUAUGUACCUUGUGAUUAUUCAAGAUUUUUUUUGCACCAUGCUUUGACUCAUAGCUUUAUUGUUAUCAGGAACGUGUGAACAUAAAAACAAGAACAAUCCUUCGCUUUUAUUCAUUUAUUCACUGUUUAAAGUUGUAAUACAGAAUAAGACUUUGUUUAAUGGCUGUGUUUAUGUGAGGCAUAAGCUCCCAUUGUUCUUCAUUUACUUGAGCUGCUUUUAAAGAGGCUUACUGACCAAAGGUUCAUGAGCGCUGUUGCCAAGUGACCCCAUCUCUUUCUGUAAUUGUGUACUGUAUUUUGUACUAAUUUGAUGUUGGCUGGCUUCAGUUCCUUCACUCGGUGCUGUGUAAGAACUGUCUUUGAGCCUCGCUGGGUCAGACCUUGUCUUAUGUGCCGUGGGAUACUCUUCAUCUUUAUUUAAAACUGUUUUUAUAAGGAGGAACAGUGUGGUUUUGCACUUUUUAUAUUUCCACGACACACGUGUGACUUGUUCCCGGAUAUCCCGGCAUUUUAUUUGCUUCAUUAAAUAACGAA